UACAUUAUUCAAAAACAAGAGCACGGGUUCGAUCCCAAAUGGCGACAAGUUUUCAUCUUCUUCUUCCCCCUCUCUGUUUCCUGCUCUGCACUGUUCUUCUCGCCGCCAUAGCCACAGAAGCUCAAGUUCCUGCAAAUGCCACCUUCCAUUUCGUAAACCAAGGCGAAUUCGGCGACCGAAUCAUUGAAUACGACGCCAGCUACCGCGUAAUUCGAAACCACGUGUACACCUUCUACACAUUCCCCUUCCGCCUCUGUUUUUACAACACCACCCCUGAUUCCUUCAUUUUCGCCAUUAGAGCUGGAAUCCCCAACGACGAGAGCUUAAUGCGAUGGGUUUGGGACGCCAAUCGCAACGACCCAGUUCGUGAAAACGCCACCCUCACCUUUGGCCGCGACGGAAACUUCGUCCUAGCCGACGUCGACGGCCGUGUCGUCUGGCAAACCAACACCAAAAACAGAGGAGUCACCGGCAUCAAAAUGCUCCCUAAUGGAAACUUAAUCCUCCAUGACAAGAACGGGAAAUUCAUCUGGCAGAGCUUUGAUUACCCUACUGAUACUCUGUUAGUCGGUCAAUCGAUUCGAAUCGGCGGCCGGAAUAAAUUAAUUAGCCGGAAAUCCGAAAUCGACGGCUCUGAUGGCCCUUACAGCCUUGUUCUAGAUCGAACAGGGCUCACAAUGUUUCUUUCCCACGACGGUCAGCUUUUAACCUACGGCGGUUGGCCGGGGACGGAUCAUGGAAGCAGAGUAACAUUCGCCGCCGAACCAGAGAAUGACAACGCCACCGCGUACGAGCUUCUUCUUUUAGUAAAUCAGGACACCCCACGGCGGCGAUUGUUACAAGUCCGACCAAUUGGAAGCGGCGGAGCGUUGAAUUUGAACAAAUUGAACUACAAUGCGACGUACUCGUUUCUCCGGCUAAGUCACGACGGGAAUUUGAAGGCAUUCACGUACUACGAUAAAGUGAGUUACUUGAAAUGGGAAGAGAGCUUUGCGUUUUUUUCGAGCUAUUUCAUAAGGGAAUGUGCUCUGCCGAGCAAAUGUGGAGCUUAUGGGUACUGCAACAGGGGAAUGUGUGUGGCGUGUCCGAGCCCAAAAGGGCUUUUGGGGUGGAGCGAGAGCUGUGCGCCGCCGAAGACGCCGCCGUGCAGCGGCGGAAAAGGGAAAUUUGGGUACUAUAAGAUAGUGGGGGUGGAGCAUUUUUUGAACCCGUACAAGGAGGACGGGGAAGGGCCGAUUAAGGUGGGGGAUUGCAGAGCCAAAUGUGAUAGAGAUUGUAAGUGUUCAGGGUUUAUCUAUAAGGAGUAUAGCUCAAAAUGCUUGAGGGUUCCAUUGUUGGGAACUUUGAUUAAGGAUGUUAAUUCGUCCUCGGUGGGUUAUAUUAAGUAUUCGAUUUAGGGGACAGACAUGGAGCUCGAGUCCCGUUGAACUAUGUUUAAGUUUCAAUAUUGUAAGAAUAAAAGAGUUCUUUUUUAAUAAAGAAUUGCUUGUCUUGUUCAAAUUUAA